AUGGAUGUCACCACGAAAGAGACUCCACGCGCUCUGCUCGGUUUGGCUGCAUCCCCUGGGACCAUUGGCGGAGUCAAUUUCGUUUCUUUGCCGGGGCUGAAUCGCGGCCUUGAUGAGAAGGUUCCCAAGACUCAGGAUCGACAUACGGGAGAGCGGUGGGAGAUGAAGGAUGGGGUUUGGACAUUGGUUUUGGUUCUGGAUGGUCAUCUUGAAUGCGCUUCGGCAGAAUUCAUGCUCGAGAUGCUUCCCUCGACGAUCAAACGGGCUCUGGAGUCCGUAAUAGAGAGCUCAGACCCAUUGGAGGACCAAGACAUUGCGAAAGCUCUUUCGGAAAGCUUGAUCUCCUUGGACAACAAAAUAAAAGACGAUUUUCUUGCCCUUCUCCCAGCCGACCUCACGGAUUUUGACGCGGCCACGGCCUUGAAAGAUGCGGACGGCAAGCCUCUUAUUGAAGUUCAGCGCGCUAUGACUGGAACCACUGUUGCUGUCGCUCUUAUCGACCCUCGCAAGCGCAUUCAUGUCGCAAGUGUAGGAGACUGUGAUGUCUUUCUUUGCUCAUCCGACUCAGAAGAAUGGACUUGCUCCGUUCCGAAUACUCAUCAUCAGUGCUCUAACCCAGACGAAUAUGCCCGCAUUAUGGCGGAACACCCCAACGACCCAGAAUGCGUUGACAUGAACCAUCGGUCCGGAGUUCCUCGACUCCUUAGCAUGCUGGUUCUGAGUCGCGCAAUCGGAGACAUCUACGGGAAAAUCCCGAGGGAAUUUGUCAGGGUUCUCGAGCUGGGAUGGGGACAAAGCACGGUUCCCGAUUUAUCGCAAAUCAAAACACCGCCCUACCUUUCCAACAUACCGGAUGUCGUACAUACCAAGCUUCCUGGACAACAAUUCCUCAUCGUCGCGACAGACGGUCUCGAUAAUCUCAUGCGGCGACAUCAGCACCUUCGGGAGGUGGAGCAGUCGGUUCUCGGUCGGAAGCGGUUCUUUGGGAAGCCACGGGAGGUGACGCUAUUGGAAACAUUUCUGAGGGCUGGCUUUUGGGUACCUUCAAUGGACGUUUGGAUGACAUUACCGUUGCGGUUGUUCCUUUGUAAAACGCAUAACUAG